UGGAUUUUUGAAGAUCACUCUCUCUUUCUUUUAUUUUUAUUUUUAAAUAAUUAAUAUUCACCGAUUUCGCGAUUAUUCUCCGUAUUUAUUGCACAAAACGAAAUCCGAGAGGCAUGUGUAAAGAAAUUAGUGUCAUGAAGAGAAGGAAGGGGUCUUCACGCGCCGUUGCCGGAGAUCGGGCGGCGGUUAGCCGGAAGAGAUCCAAAAUCUCGCCCGAGUUUACCCGAAAACCGGACUUUUUCGAUUCGUUGCCGGACGAUAUCGUCUUGACCAUUCUCUCGAAUCUCAGCUCGAAGGCGGAGUGUCCGGCGGAUUUUGUUAACGUUUUAAUCACAUGCAAAAGGAUGAACGGGUUAGGUUUUCAAUCUAUAGUUCUAUCAAAAGCUUCUCGGAAAAUGUUAGCCGUCAAAGCUCGGAACUGGACCGAGUCGGCUCACCGAUUCCUCAAGCUCUGUGCCGAUUCCGGAAACGUCGAAGCCUGUUACAUUCUCGGCAUGAUUCGGUUUUACUGCCUGGAGAAUCGAGGAAGUGGAGCGUCACUUAUGGCGAAGGCGGCGAUUGCCUCUCACGCGCCGGCGCUUUACUCGCUCGCCGUCAUCCAGUUCAACGGCAGCGGUGGCUCGAAGAACGAUAAGGACUUGCGCGCCGGCGUCGCGCUAUGCGCUCGAGCGGCUUUUCUCGGCCACAUAGACGCGCUGCGGGAGCUCGGACACUGCCUCCAGGACGGCUACGGCGUGAAGCAGAACGUGGCUGAGGGACGGCGGUUUCUGGUUCAAGCCAACGCUCGGGAGCUGGCUAACGUGCUCGCCGCCACUCCGUCGGAUCCCAUAUACGGCGCGUGGCUUCCCUUGAUUCCGCUCGCCCACCAGCGCCAUCUCGCCGCCGGGGCGAGCUCCCCGUUGCUAAGCGAUUUCGGGUUUGACAUCCCGGGUCCGGACCCUCACCCGGCUAACCAGUUCCUAACCGAUUGGUUUGCGGCGAAGGAAGGGGUUCCGGGUCCGGGGCUCCGACUCUGCUCUCACGUGGGUUGCGGGCGACCCGAAUCCAGGAGACACGAGUUCCGCCGCUGCUCCGUCUGCGGCGCCGUCAACUACUGCUCCCGCGCUUGCCAGGCGAUGGACUGGAGGUCCCGCCACAAGUCCGGCUGCGCGCCGGCGAUGAGGUGGGGCGAUGCCGACGGGGAAGGGGAGGACGUCGCGGGGGCGGAAGCGGUGGAUGCGAAUAACGGCAACGAGGAAGCCGUGGAGAUCGAGAAUGAUGACGUGGGGGAUAGUUGACCGUGACGGCAACGUGAGAGGGGUUUGAAUGGAAUACCGGCCGAAUUUUGGGGGUGCAAAUGGAAUUAGGAACAUUUCAUAUGGUCAACGUAUUGUAAAUGGGAAACAGAAUGAAAGUAAAGAUUUUCUGUUCAAAAAUAGAAAAAAAAAAGAAGAAAUUAACCCGUACUAUUUGUUCUGGGAUCAAAGUCUAGAGAUGAAAAUAGAUUACUUGAGAAAUAAUUCUUCCUGCGCACAGUAAAUGGGCUUAAUUUAUCAUCAAUACCCAUUACCCCAAAUAAUCCAGCCCAGUAGCAAAUCCACUUAUCCACUGGCAGCAGGUUCUCAACUCCGUCUGCAGCGCAGCAGGAUUCCGCCCAAUCCUCCGAUAGUCGCAGCCGGCCAGCAGUCGUCCACUCCGACCACACUCCACAGAUUUGACUAGUCAAACAGCCAAAAAGGGUGUUUGGUAGUUGGCUGCUGAGUCCGAAAAGCCAAAAUUCAAAAAGCUGCAAGGAGUAGCAUUUCAGUUUGACGGUUGGAAAAUAAAUUUUUUAUUAUUUG